UCAGCGGAGCCCAUUUGGCUUGUCUGCGCAAGCUCACAUGAAUUCUCCCCAGGAGCCACUUGGCGGGCCGCGUCUGUUUUUUAAGCCAUGCCAGCGCGAAAGGACCGGUUGCCGUGGUGACGGGACGCGGAGUGUGGCUCGAGCCGGUCUCGAGCCGAGCGGGGAAAAGGCGCGGAACUGCGGCCAUUCGCAGCCAUGACUGGCAUUCUGUGCGAUUGGCUGAAUCGGGAAGUGAAGCUCUCGCGGACAGUGGAUACAGAAUCUUUCGCCAGAGAAUUUUCUUCCGGUUAUCUCAUUGGAGAACUUCUAAACAAGUAUGAACUUCAGGAAGAUUUUGAUCAGUUUUCACAAAGCAGGCUUGCCAAUGCAAAACUUAACAACUUUUCUCGCAUGGAGCCCACCCUUCAACUUCUGGGUGUACAGUUUGACCAAAAUGUAGCCCGAAACAUCAUGACAGAGCAGCAUGGAGCUGCUAUCAAACUUGUGUACCAAUUGUAUGUGGUCCUAGAAAAAAAGAAAAAAGCAGGGCUCACUGGAGUUGCCAUGGAUGCAAUGCGACCUUCGGCUAAUGCAAAGCUUAAAAGUGUAGGAACUGAAAUAUAUCGUGAGAGACUCAAAACACUAGUACCCCGCCAGGCUGACCUCUCACUCCAACAAAUUUCAGACAGCUUUCAAAGCAAAGCAAAGCUCCUAGAAAGUAAGAUAGUUGAGAUGCAAUUGGUGAAGCAACAGCAGGCCAAACAGAUCCAAGAGGAAAAAAAGGUUGAAGAACUUGAAAAGAAAAUUGCAGAAAAACGCAGGCAGAAUGAAAUCAUGGCCAAGAUUCAAGCAGCAGUUAUCCAGAUUCCAAAACCACUUCCACAGCAGACAGACAAAGUGAUUGAAGACCAAAAACUGCAGAAGAAGAAGAAGGAAGCAGAAAUCACAUAUACUGAAAUUAGGAACUUCGAAAAACAAAUGAAGAAAGAGGCUGUUGUACCUGCCAAACUCACAGAGAGCAUGCUAAAUGCAUUAAAGCAGGCCCAAGAACUAGCUACGGCAAAACCAGUUAUUACUGACCUAUUGAACACCUACUCGGAUGAUGAAUAUAUUAGGAAAAUUCAGAAACGUCUUGAGGAGGAUACCUUUGCUCGAGAACAACGGGAGAAGAGAAGGAGAAAGAUGUUAAGGGAGCAACUCAUAGCUCACGAAGCGCAAGAAGAGGCCUAUAGAGAAGAGCAGCUUGUCAACCGACUUAUGAGACAGUCCCAGCAAGAACGGAGAAUAGCUGUUCAACUUAUGCAUGUGAGGCAUGAGAAAGAAGUCCUGUGGCAAAACAGAAUUCACAGAGAAAAGCAGUUUGAGGAAAGACGCCUCAAAGAAUUUCAAGAAGCUCUUGAUAGGGAAGAGGCUCUUGCAAAACAAGAAAAAAUUGAACUCGCAGAACAGGCCCUUAGAGAAAAACAACUGCAUGCAAAACUUGCUGCUGAAAGAGCUGAGGCUCGUUAUAAGAAGCAUUAUGACAUUUGCUGGGAGGUGGUUGAACAAAUCAUUGAUUUAGCAACUAAAAUAGGAGAAUAUAGAACACUGACAAAUAAUUUAAUUCCUGCAAAGAUAAUGCGUGACUGGAAGGAGCUCUUCUUAAAAGGAAAGCCAAUUUAUGAGCAAGCUGACGUCAGCGAUUUGUCAGAUGAGCCAACUCCAGAACAAUUAGUAGAACUGGACAAAAUUAAUUUGCUAGAUGAGAAAGAUUAUGAUGAAUAUAAGGCGAUGAUUGAGGAGUGGUACCCUCCUGAAGAGAUCAGAAUAAAUAAACCACCUCCUGAUAAUGUAAUAUUGGGUCAUGUGAUUCACAGAUUGAUGGGACUUGUCUAUCCCCCAGAACCGGAACCACCACCGUCUAUAUUUUCUCCAUUCCCUCUGAAAGGUUGCAUUUUGGGAAAGCUCUAUAGUGGGAAAACCACCUGCUUAAACUUCUUGGAAAAAGUUUUUAAUAUCCAGGUCCUAUCUCUGGAUGCAUUGAUUUCAGAGGCAAUUAAAUCCUUCCAUGAAAGAGAAAUGUCGAUUGAAAAUCUACUACCAAUCAGAAUGAAAGACUCUUCCUUGAAUCAAAUGCAUGUUCUAAAAGAGGCUUCUAAGGCUUCAUUGAUAGUAGCGAAAACUUAUGAGUCAGCAGAACAGAACAUAGAAAUUGUGGAGCCCAAAGAAAGUAUUGAGAAACCAAGCUCUGCUGUGAUGAUUGACCAAAUGGAGAUAAGUGAGGAUGAGAAUGAAAUAACCAAACUUUCUAUUCGUGCUCAGCUUGGUGCAGGAGCAGAGACAUGGUUAAAGAAAGGAAAAAACAUUCCAGAUGAAUUAUUAGUUGGCAUCAUGGUGGAAGCUAUUAGUCGGCUACAGCCAGAAAGGGGUUGGAUCAUAGAUGGAUUCCCAAUGACACUCAAUCAGGCCAAACUGCUUGAAAAAGCAUUGACCGGACAAGAUCCAGACCAGACAGAAAUUAAUAUAAUAAAGUUGAAAAAGCCCACACUGGUUACAGAUCCUGCAGCUCCAAAAGAGCCCCCUGUGCAACCACCUGGUCUUGACUUUGUUAUUUUGUUAGAUGCUACAGACCACACUGUGAUGAAGCGGGUAGCAACAGAGAAGGCUGACUCCUAUGAAAGAGAACACAAAACCAAUAUUUCAGAAACAAAAAUCCAGCAAAGAGAGGAAUUAAAAUCAGUGUGGGGCCAGAUGCAUCACAGAAUUAUAGGUUUCUUGGACGCUUGGCCCCAAUUGGAAGCUUGGUAUUCUGAACAGCAAAAUAUACUUACAAAAGUCAAUGCUGAUAUUGAGGAAAGUCUUAUGUGUCAAAGGAUAAAAGAAAUUUUAACAGGAGAAAUCAUUAAGAUCCAAAAUAGAGGUGUGGAGGAUGAAUCAUAUGGAAAAUGCAUCCUCCCCUAUACAAUGAGAAUCAGUUCUCUACUCAUUGGAAAAGAAAAAGAGAAGUUAGAAGCUGAAAAACAGAAGGAGGUCAUCCACCUUUUGGCAGAAGAAUCAUUGAUACAAAAGGUGGAAUCAGCCCUAUUGCAAGAAUCACAGGAGCCACCACCUCCACCUCCACCCCCUGCAGCUAAAGAGAUCACUUCAUCAGAGUUACCUGCUAAAGGUAAAAAGGUAAAGAAAGAUGAAACAGUCAAAGGAAAAGAAUCAGCAGCUAAACCAGGAACUCCACGAGGAAAAGGGCAGACGUCAUCUUCCCCUGAAGAUAUGUUGCCUUCUAGUACUGUUGAACCACCUACAAUCAAGCCUGGGUCAAGUGAAUGGGUUUACUGUGAUGAUCCAGUACCCCAAGAAAUAGCAGAAUUCCUAGUUCCUUAUUGGGAAACAAUAGAGAGAUCAUAUAUCAAUAGCACCAAAGCAACCCUUCGAUGCCUCAGACAUGAGCAACAUGUUAUCAUUCAUUACCUGUCAGACAUAAGAAACCAUUUCAAGGACUAUUUGAAGCGUCCAGACCACAAGCAGGAAUUUGUGACUCAGUGGCAAAUGGAUUAUAAUUCAGUGCCUGAUGAUUUAUGGGAUGAUGACGAAACAAAAGAAGAACUACAUCAAAGAGUUACCGAUUUAAGAGAUCGCUUGUGGGAUAUCUGUGAGAACAGGAGAGAAGAAGCUGAGCAGGAACGUUGUGAUAUUAUGAACGAUGGCUGGUUGCCCGACCGAAUUGGGCUUCUGAUGAACCACAUUUUUUCUCUUAUGCAGGAUGAAAUGGACCGUUUCCAAGAUACCAAAAAACUUCUAAGUGAUUAUUAUAGAGCAAUGGAAGGCAAAAUUCCAACAGACACCAGCUCUGACUUUUCCAGAAUACCCUUAAUAGAUGUGAUGGAAAGAAAGCUAUCUAUGGAAGAGUCCAAGAUGAAAAUAAUUCCUAUGAUUGCUCACAGAUCUCCUUCACCAGAAGUUAACAGAGAAAGGAUCAAAUUGAUUCCAGUUAAGAUCAAGGAUGAUCUGUUUUCAGAAAGUGUAAUAUUUAAUUUCAGCCCAGAUGAGAAACUGCUCACAGAGACAUGGCAUUAUAUUACAACAGCUAUAUCUUCCAUGGUGAGUUCUGAAAUUCAGUCAAAAGAAGCGGAAGAGGAGAAAGAACGGCUUCUGGAGGAAAUGAAGGAAAAAGAGCGCCUCAGAUCUUCAAUAGCAAUUGCUGGCAAAGGUGGCAAGGAAGGAAAAGGGAAAGGAGGAAAAGGCGAAAAGGAAGGAAAAGGUGGAAAAGAUGGGAAAGCGGUCAAAGCCAAGGACAGCAAAGACGAUAAGAAAGGAAAAAAGAAAGGAACACAUACUCCAUCUGCCACUGAACUAGUAGCUACUCCUUUAUCCCCAGAGGAAUUAAAGAAGCAAGAAUUGAAGCUUAAAUUGAAACAGGAAUAUUUUGCUGCACUGGAGCAUGAAGCGGAGGCUGCAAAAUCUCGUCUUGAGCUGUUAAAAGUUAAAGGAUUAGCUUUCCUGGAGGAUCUACAAUCAAAGGCAGAAGAAACAUACAGGAAUAUGGAAAAAUGGCUUGGCGAGAGAUAUCUUGCUGAAAUGUCUAGUGUGGAUAAAUUAAUUGGGGUUGCCCGGCAUCGUAUUGAAACUUCCUCCAGAAUUCAGUUUGAGUUACUCCUGGAAGGAAUAGAUUUCUACGUAAAUGGUGAUAUAAAAGUAUUUGAGGAUCCUUCUCUUCCACCUCGUCCCCCAUCUGUGGAGACUGCUUCAAACAGUACACUCACUAUUUCACAGCUUAGUACUCUUCAUAAGCAGUUUCUGCAAGUGGCACCUAAAGGUUUAAUACCAAGUAAAACAUUCAUAGAUAUUUUGUUUGAUUUGAUCACUCUGAAUCUUGGGUCCAAUAUGCUUCCUGAUGCCUGGCUACAUCUCUCUAUGUAUGAUUUGCAGAGUCUAUCGUUAUUCCUACUUGUGAAUUUGGACACGGUGGACUGGCGGAGAUUCUUACAUGCAGCUUCCCAACCUUGGCCUAUUCCCUCUGUAACGGAACUGCUUGAAACAUUACAGAGAUUUCAAGACGUGGAUACUGAAGGAUCUGGAUUUGUCACCCAGGAACAAUAUGAUCAGGUUGGUCUGUGGUUUAAAGGCAGGGAAGAUUUACCCGUUCCAGAAAGUCCUAUAGAGCCUUUGCCAUUUAACCGUCAGAAGCAUCUCAUAGAAUUUUUGUUCACUUUAUUUGCUGAUCCUGAAAAAGACCCUCCUCAACUGAACUACACUAACAUGCUGCUCUACUUCGCCUCUUACCCUGAUGCUGUAGAUGGUGUCUAUCGAGCCCUUAGUGUCGCAACAGGGAUAUAUAUUCAAAGGAAGAGGGAUAAACACUUUUCUCUUCCUCAAAUGUUUGUAACAUCUGCUGAGCAACUCAUAACCACUGCUGCUCAGGAUGAACAGGCAGAGGAGGAGGCUGGUGAAGAAGGGGAAGAAGAAGAGGAGGAAGAGAAGGAAGAGAAGGAAAAAGAAGAGGAUGCCCUGUCUAUUGGCAAUGAUGGAUACAUCUCUCUGGCUACACUUCUCCUUGUAUUCCAGUAUGAAACAAACAAAGCUUAUGACAAUCACAGAUUUAGUAGUCAACUGACAGAAGAGGACAAUUAUGAGCAUUUUAUUAAGGUAUACCAGGAUCUUGGCUCUGAAGAUCUGAAGCCCAUCAAAAUUAAACUCCUUUUGAAGCACCCCUUCAUUCAAGACUUAAUUAAUAACUAUCAGGGGUACAAACUUCCUAAUAAAGAAAAAAAAUCAACAGAGCAGUAUUGUUCUGAGAUCUUUUAUGAGAUUAAGCUGAGCAAACUGAAGGUGUGGUUUGAAAGGUGA